AUGAACGCCGUCCCAGUUGUACUGCUCGUCCUUUUGGCCGGAAUUUCCUUGAGCCAGCAAGCCAGUUUUAAUACGCCUAGAGCAUUGAAAAUGAUAAUGAGAGAUCGUAACGCAAACAAGACCAAAAUCACUAAAACGGAGCUAUCGAUAUUCGAAAAGGACCCAAGAAGCAAACCUAGGCUGGAUUUUACACCAAGAGGGAAAAAACCUCAAAACGGUGGACUCGCUAACACAGACUUGAACUACGUCACGCUCAACACAGUCACAAACGUGAAAUGUGCAAGUGUCUACGGUUUUUAUUACAUUCGAUCGUCGGUGAUUUGCACUUCUACCAGUUCCUCAAAAACGAUUUGCGGAGGGGACAGUGGUGGUUCGCUGACCUACAAGGGUACAGAUGGAAAGGAAACCAUAAUAGGCGUUGUAUCUUUUGGCUCUGCAAAAUCUUGCCAGAAUUCGCCCACCGGAUAUUCCAGGGUCUCCAGUUUUUUGGGCUGGAUCUCAGGAAAAACCGGAAUAAAAGUUGACCCGUGA